ACUUGAAUGAGCAGUUAUUUGCGGAGCUGGACGAGUUCAUCAAGACACUGUACUACCAGAUUGAGCUGGCCAACAAAACUCAGCCUACUGACUCCAACUCGAAGAAGGCACUGAAGCUGAACAUUCUCACCAAUGCCAUCUGCCUGGACCUGCUGGUCUGGUUCGCCAAGGACGAGUUCACCGCGGACAACCUCUGCCAGCGCAUCGCCGAGAAGAUCAACACCGGCCAUGGCCACCGCCUGGUGAUCACCCAGCUGCCCAUCUUCCUCGCCUGCCUCAACGGCGUCGGCUACCUGGUGCAGAAGUUCCCCAUCAUCGCCGUGAGCGGCAUCACCGUGCUGCGCAACUUUCUCACCACGCCCUCGCCCGUCCUCCUGAAGCUUUUCAACCAGCGCCAGAGCGAGCCGGCGAUGAUGGACGCGCUGAACAUCACCAUCAACGAGUACAACCUCAAGCUGAACAACUACUCGGUGACGGACAAGACCUCCUGUUCGCUGCUCUUCAACCGCCUGCGCGACUGCGCCAUCGAGAACCUGUGCACCUGUCUGCGCUACGGCCUGCAGAGUGACUCGCACUGCAUCCAGGCGACCGUCGCCUCCAUCUCCAACCACCUCUACACGGCGGAGAAGAGCCCCCGAGAGUGCAUGGUCAUCUCCAUCAACACCAUCGUCACGCUGGGGCAGAUGUCCACGCGGCUGAAGGACCUGCCGCAGACGAUGGAGAUCAUACUGCAGUUUCUCCAGCAGCGCUUCUGUCAACCGGUUUCCAACCUGGACCAGCUGAUUGUCGACCAGCUCAGCGAGAUGGCCAUUACCAGCGGCACCAACAGUACCAUCUACGAGCAGGUGAUGAAGAUGUUCACCACCAUUACCAUUCAGUCCAGUGCCGCCUACACCAACAACAUUGACGACCGAAAGCAGAGCUACCGGCACGUCUCCCUGGCGGUCAUCAACGCCUUCAGCAACAUUGGCCUGCGAGUGCAGGGCGAAAAUGAGCUGGUUGAGCUGCUCGGCCGUCUGCUGGAGUUGUUUGUGCAGCUUGGGCUGGAGGGCAAACGGGCGAAUGAGAAGAACCCUGCCCUGGUGAAGGCGUCCACCAGCGCCGGCAACUUGGGCGUGCUCAUUCCCGUCAUUGCCAUCACAAUGCGUCGCAUGCCCUUCCUGGAGAAUCCGAAGCCUCGGCUGCGUCGACUUUUCCGCGACUUUUGGCUGUACUGCGUGGUGAUGGGCUUCUCCUCGGGGACGCAGCUCUGGCCCAACGACUGGUACCACGGGGUGAAGGAGAUCGCCGCCAAGUCGCCCAUUCUCAAGUCGCAGGAGCACCUUCGCUCCGAGCUGCACUUCAACUCGGCCAUUCGCAAUGACGCCGUCUCUGGUGUUGAGCUGCAGGAGAUUCGAAAUCAGAUCAUCAACGACCUGGACAACAACAGCGAAGUGUCCAUCAUCAUCAACAAGAUGACCUUCGCCCAGUGCACCUACCUGCUCUCCAUCUGCCGCCUGGAGGUGUUUCGAGUGGAGACCAACUUUUCCCUGAAUCCCUUCUACACCAUCUUUCAGUACCUGGAGGACCAGUACAUUCUCAAGGACAAGGACGGCAUGUGGCAGUGCAUCUCCUUUAUCUGUGAGAAAAUCUUCAAGUGCUUCCUGGAGAUUAUCGCCAAGAAGCCAAAGAACAAAACUCGCGACAGUGAGCUGGAGGAGUACGCCAUUCUACUGCUGAUUAAGUUUAACCAUCGCCAGAAGCAAAUUCGUCGUGCGGCCGAUCGCUUUCUCUCCGGUCUGGUGGAUAAGUUCCCCCACAUUCUGUGGAGUAAACGGGUCCUCUCGACGAUGCUCAACAUUCUCGAGGUGCUCGGCCGAGCGCUAGAGCUGAACCAGAAUGAGGGCAUUGUGGAGAUGCCAGUGCCGGACAUUAGCUACACCAUUCAGCUGGCAGAGACGGUGGAGUCGCGCGAGAACAUUGUCCGCGACUUUGGCGCUCGCUGUGAGGGCAUCAUUCAUGAGGCGGUGAAGUGGGCGCCACACAUCACCCGAUCCCAUCUGCAGGAGUACAUGACGCAGAUGCGCACCGCCAAGGACGGCUUCAAGCAGCACAGUGGACUGUCCAUGGCAGUGCAGUCCAUCACCUCUUUUUCCAACCAAAGCGACGACGGCGCCGUGGUGGCCGGCGUCGUCGGCACGGCCCAGGACAAGGUGCCCUACUUUAUUCGCAACAACUGCUCGGAGAUUGUCUCGACGACGAACAUUCGCACCUACUACCUGGGGGAGAUCUCGGGCAUGCUCGCCUCCUACAAGGACACAGACACACUGGCACGACGGCGAGUCUCCAAGGCGCUCAUUGCCGAGUUCAAGGCGAGCUGCGAGCGGCGAGACAUUGACCUGCACCAGCGGAGCAUCUACCGCAUCACCGCGAUGAUCAUCGCCUCGCCCGAGUGCGACUUGCAGCUCUUUCACAUGCUCUGCUGGGCGCCAGUGUACCUCUUCUCCCACCAGACGAUCUACUCGGUGAUCUCCUCCUGGAAGUGGCUCCUCUCUGCCCGCUCCGACCUCGAGCUGCGGUUCAUCAAGGAGAUGACCUCCGCCUGGGUGGUCACCUGCGACAAGAAGAUGGGCCUCUUUGCCGCCGAUCCGCCCAACGUGGAGCCGCUCUCGUCGAGCAACGACGCCGAGCUGAAGCCGGACACGCCCUACCUGGGGGCGCACUGCGAGUGGGUCAAGUUCCUCCACGAGCGCAUUGAAAUUGCCAAGUACUCGUCGCUGGAUCAAGUGGAGGUCUUCGUCUACCUCCUUCACCGAUCGCUGCACAUGAACGUCGGCCAUAUGCACUACAGCUCGCGCAACAUCUCCACCAUUGGCACCCGAUUUCGUCUGCUGAACUGCGGCCUCAGCCUCGUUCAGGGCGACACACUGCUCAACUCGGUGAGCAAUGGACCUCAAAUUUGCCCCUCACAGCAGGGCGCUGAACUUCGCGAAGACAUUCAAUCGCUGGUCAAGUUUUGGCAGAGUCUGAUGGCUGACAAAAAGUACCUGAAGACUACCUACGUUGCCGACCUGGCCGCCGACAAUGUGUCGCAGAUUCACCUCAGUGCUGACUUCCGAGGCAGUAUGGACUUUAACACGGUGAACAAUGCCCGCAUCACGCCCACGGGGUGGAUCAACACUGUUCCACUGAGCAGCAAUGUCUCCACUAUAUCAAAGCGCUCUUCCGGCUUCAAGGGCUCGCAGUUUACGAAGAAUAAGGAGAACAACUACGCCGACUGCUUCCUCAAGGACUACAUUCGAAAGCGCAACCUGAUUCUGACCUUGAUGGCAAUUGAAAUUGAGUCACUCAUCACCUGGUACAAUCCACUCGGUCUGCCCGACCUGACCAUAGCCGGGGAGGAGUCGGUUCAGAAGUGGCGUGCUCAGCCAACCAAUGAGCGUAGUCUCAAGGAAACGGUUCGACUCGCCUGGAACAUUUCGCCCAAUCUGGCGGUCUUUUUGCCCUCCCGUUUCAAGAAUGUGGAGAUUGUUCAGGAGAUCACCCGACUAGUGCAGCUCUCGCCAAUGACUGUGUGCCACAUUCCCGAAGCCAUCGAGUACCUGGUCACUUCGGAGCUCAUUCUCAGAGAUGGAACUGAG